AUGUUUUUUUUCAACGGUCGAAUACGUAAUCCAAAUAUAAUACCGAUAGUUGUGUCUGAUCGAUCAUAUACACAUAAACUAGGUCAUUCAUGUAUUAUUGCUGGUUGUCUAUCGAUUAUCAUUGGACUUAGCUUUAUUAUAACUGGUGUUAUGUCCGAAACAAAAAAAACAACAUUUAUUGGUAUUGGCAUUAUAAGUUUAGGUGUCGGUUUCUUUAUUACAACACUUGUAUGCUUUUAUGCUAAAUUAAAUAUAUGUUAUCAUAAUUGGGCUUAUGGACAAAAUGUUGUACCACUUAAUAUUCAAAAUCCUCAACAAGCAACAACAAGUACUAUAUCAAUGGGUCCUUAUACAGAAUCACUUUCAGUAACACAAAAAAUACAAUCGAGAAUUCCUUUUUCAACAUCAUCACCAAUGACAAUGUUAUCGGAUCUAGAAAUAAAUAAAGUUAUAAUAGCACGAUCAAUAAAGAUCGAUAAGACAACGAUGAGUACCGAUAAUAUAACUUAA